UUGGUUUAUUCCAGUUGCUCAGCUUAACGAGGUAUACCAAUUCAAAUCACUUGAUUUCUGUGUAAUUCAACAUUCUUCUAAAUUGUAACCUUUGUUAUCGAACCCUAACUACUUGAUCAGUAAUAAAUGAAGGAUUCACUUGAGCAAUCUUUACAAAAAAUGGUCAAGGAAAAGCAAGAAGCUGAUGAACGAGUGAAGGCAGCUGAAGAUGAAGCCAGGAUCGCUCUUGAACGAGUAGCCAGUGCUGAAGAUGCAGCUAAAUCUUUGAGGGGUCGGUUAGAAGCCAUGGAAAGGAAAUUGGCUGAAGCAAAGGAGACGCAGCUUAAGACAAUUGAAGAGAUUGAAAGCAAGACUAGUCGACUUGAAAUCAUUCAAUCCCAAACUGUUAACCUAAACUCAGCUAUCAAAAUGCUUGAAGAAAAAUCAGAGAGUCUGAAGAAAGCUCAAAAAGAGUUAAUGGCUUUGGGAGAGAAAAUGGAUGUUAAUGAAGCAGAAAAAGAAAAGAAAUUUGCUGAAUUAGAAGCUGAAAUCACUCGAACUCGUGAGCUGAGCAUCAAACGAGAACAAGAAAUGGCCUCCAAAUUGGAAUUGUUGAAUCAAAAAUCGGAAAAAUUGAGACAAUUGAAUGCUAAACAGACUAAAAAUGAAUAACUUUUAUGUUUAUAGUUUUAAUAAAAGCAACUCAAUGUGUAAUUAAACUGAUUUAGCAAAUGA